AUGUCACCGAAGUCGCUGCUGAGGCACCCGGACGCCCAGUCAAAUUUAAGCGAAAUCGAAACUGGAACUUCAUUUGCGGCAAUUUAUCCGGAUUCAUCACCGACAAUAAUAGCACCAGAGGCUGUUAAAAAAGUUGUUAUUUGCAGCGGCAAAGUUUAUUACGAUCUUAUUGCCGAGAGGAGAGAAAGAAAACUCGAUGAAUUAAUAGCAAUUGUCAGGAUUGAGCAGAUAUGUCCCUUUCCAUAUCACUUGGUAGCCAAGGAAAUUUCAAGGUUUCCUAUUGCCAAGAUAAUGUGGGUGCAAGAAGAACAUCAGAACCAAGGUGCAUACUAUUACGUCCGCGAUCGCAUUGCACUGGCAUUAGGAUUACCCAUAGAAGAGAUAAGAUACGGAGGCCGCGCACCAUCGGCCGCACCUGCUACAGGCAGCAAAAUGAUUCACCAACAAGAAGUAAAAGAUUUUGUAAACACCGCCAUGAGUAUUGAGUAAUUUAGCUUACAUAAAAUAAGUUAAGUUAAAAAAAACUCACGGAUAA